UAUCCAACAACACAGCACAAAUUUCGUUGCAGAGGGAGAAAUAUUAGAGAGAGAGAGAGAGAGAGAGUGAGUGGGACUGUUCUCUUCUGCAAAUUCCGAACGACGACGAGAGAGAUGAAAAAGACAAGUAAUGUUUUCUUCAGUGAGGAUGAAGCUGCUGUUCUAUUGCAAAGGUACAACGCACAAACAAUUUUGACGUUGCUUCAGGAAUUGGCCAAUUAUCCAGACUCGAAGUUCGACUGGGAUGAUUUGGUGGCCAAAACCUCAACUGGAAUUUCCAAUGCCAGAGAGUAUCAGAUGCUGUGGCGUCAUCUAGCGUAUGGUCACUCCUUUGAUGAAAAUUCGGACCUCGAUAAUCAACCUCUGGAUGAUGAUAGUGACUUAGAAUGUGAACGAGAAGCAUUGCCUCGCCCAAACAAGGAAAUUGCAGCAGAAGCUUCAGCAUGUGUGCAGGUAAUGAUGACAUCUUUUAAGCUGAAUGAGUCCACCCCUACAAGCUCAGUGAUUCAGGCUCCAUUGACAAUAAAUGUUCCAGUCUUUCGUUCAUCUAGAAUUGCUAAUAUGGAAAGUUCACAGUCAUCUAGUUCGGGGAUGCAAGAGACAAACAUUGUUUUUCCAGUUACCGUUAAGAGACAAGCACUGCCAAAUGUACCCUCAACGAGAGCUGUGGAAACCAGAGGAUCAGGUAGUGGCUACACAUCCAUGAAAAAGAAAAGAGAACCAUGGUCUGAGGAAGAGGACUUGCAACUAAGAGCUGCUGUUCGGAGGUGGGGUGAAGGUAAUUGGGCAACCAUGGCUAAAAGUGAUGACUUUCCUAUUCAGAGAAGUACCACGCAGUUGUCCAAGAGGUGGAGCACAUUGCGAAAGAAAGAGUGAUGACACCAAUUGAUAUACCAUCUCGCUCACGAUAUCCACUACUGAACAGUUGAUCACUCAUUGUAUAUAUCCACUCGAUAAACAAUUCAUAAUGUUAAAUUCUUCUUCAAUGAAUCCGGUGGGUUUGUCUUCU